AUGUCAAGGUUACGGAAAUUCAACCAGCAGGUCUUAAGUUAUACUCGUGGUGAGAUGGAACACGAAGAUGGGGCCGAAUUCUUUCCCUUAGAUAUAGAUGAGCAGGAUGAGUUGAUAAAGAGUUUUGAAAUGCGGAAUAUUGCUAAGAAUGAAAGGUAUUUUACUUACCUCGGAAUUUUUUAUUUGGUAUGUUGUGGGAUGACCUUAUUCUUAGCAACCGGUGCUAAACGUAGCCGACUACCAGAAAAGUAUCAAAGGGUACUGCUGGUUUCAGUUCAAUCUAUUGCAUGUUCGUUUAUUAACUUAAGAUAUUCCAUGAUAACGCAUAUAUUCCUUAGGUGGGGGGUUCUUUUCAAGAUAAGUAAUCGGACAAUCAAUAUCAUUAAUAUUGUUAUAUUGGUCAUGACAUCAUGGUUAGCUUCGAAUUCUGCAGAAUCAUUCAAGGUUGGGAUAAUGCUCCACUUACCUCAUGUGCUCUUUUUAAUCAGCGUUAUAGUGAAGGGAUGGAUGUUGUCAAUGGAUAAAGAGUUAGAACAGCUUAAGACGCUCAGGUAUAAAUUCAAAAACGCUUGA